AAAGGUUGCCACUUAACCAUAACCUCUUUCUCUAUCCAACAUCAAUGGUGUUUGGGUGGAGCCUUACGCAAUCCCAUGAUACCCACCCAUCCAAAUAUUCCUUUUCCUUUUCCUUCUUCUUCUUCUUCUUCUUCUUCCUCUUCAUCAUUUCUCUCCGCUCCUUUCUUCUCUUUCUUUCCGUCCAAUUCACUUCUCUUUGUUUCUCUUUGUCUUAAUUCCAGGUUCAUGCUGCCCUCUUUUUGUAAUUCCUAAACGGCGCCGUUUUAGUGAGCUUAUAAUAUCUUCCCGUUAGAGGAGAGUUUGUUGUUGCUGCACACUUUCUCGAGAAAUGGGAAACAUCGGUAGCUCGGGGGGCAACCGCCGUAGGCGCGGAAGUCGACGUAAUCAUCCGCCCACGCCGUCACCCACGCCGCCUCAGCAGGAAAUUUCGGCUAGCCGCUACAUGUUCGCGGCGGUGACGCCCUACCCGGCGCAGCAGUAUCCGAAUAAUAACAAUCCGAACCUUCCGCCGCAGUACUACCAGUAUCAAGGCUACUAUCCGCCGCUUCCUCCGGCCAUGCCAGUGCCUCUUCCGGCGCCGUACGAUCACCAUCAUCGUGGGGGUGGUCCUGUGGACCCUGGACACUGGAGGUACACGUGCGGGCCCACGGCGUCGGUUCCUCCACCGUACGUGGAGCACCAGAAGGCAGUUACGAUACGGAACGAUGUGAAUUUGAAGAAGGAGAGUUUGAGGCUUGAAGCUGAUGAGGAAAAUCCUGGAAGAUUCUUGGUUUCGUUAAGUUUUGAUGCUACUGUUGCUGGCAGCAUCACCGUCAUUUUCUUUGCUAAAGAAGGUGAAGACUGUAACCUGACACCAUCGAAGGCAAACAUUCUUCCACCAGUGAUGGUUAAUUUUCAACAAGGUCUUGGUCAGAAGUUCAGACAGCCUUCUGGAACAGGGAUUGACUUCUCAAUGUUUGAGGAGGCAGAGUUAAUGAAAGAGGGUAACUUGGAUGUUUAUCCUCUUGCUGUGAAAGCAGAGGCAGGCCCUGCUGACCAGAAUGGACCUGAUGGAAACUCUAUUCCAGGACCCACAAAUUCUCAGAUAACUCAGGCAGUAUUUGAGAAAGAGAAAGGUGAAUACCAGGUUAAAGUAGUGAGGCAGAUUUUGUGGGUGAAUGGUAUGAGGUAUGAACUGCAAGAAAUAUAUGGGAUUGGGAAUUCUGUUGAAGGUGAUGUUGAUGCAAAUGACCCAGGAAAAGAAUGUGUCAUUUGCUUAUCAGAACCACGGGACACAACUGUGCUUCCCUGCCGACACAUGUGUAUGUGCAGUGGAUGUGCAAAGGUCCUGAGGUUCCAAACAAAUCGGUGUCCAAUUUGCAGACAACCAGUUGAAAGGCUUUUGGAGAUUAAGGUCAAUGGGCAUGAGGAAUGAAAACAACAUAUGUUGCUUGCGCUAGUGUUAUGUAUAGUAGUUUGUGUCCUCUAGUUUCCCCUUCUUUAAUUUUAUUUCUUUACUUUCAUAUAUAUAUUUUUUUCCACUUAGGAAAAUAGGCAAUGAGUUAUGACAAGAAUGAAUUGCUGACAAAGCACUAGAAUUAUGUAUAAUUCAGUGCCUUAUGCUUAGCAAGUGUGAUUGCUUGAGGCAACUCCUCAUACUUUAUCAUAUGAAAUGUAAUAUAAGUUUAUGCUUGGUUUGCUUCA